AUGGCCAAUCCGUACCAAAUCGACCAGACCGAAGACCUAUUCGAUUUCUCGAAAUUCGAUCCAGUCGAGCUACGAAAAAAGUAUGAUUUCGAACGAGACAAGAGAUUGAAUGCCAACCAUGUUGGUAAAGGACAACAGCAAUACACUGUUAUCGAAGAUAAUCCGAAAUUCAGACAUUUCAUUGAUGAUCCUAAUGCUACGCCUUUGGAACGAGCUCCUAUAACCACCGAGUUGGAGGUUGCCAUCUUGGGAUCAGGUUUCGGUGGAAUGUAUGCCGGUGUGAAGCUUACAAAUGCUGGAAUAACGGAUUUCCGUAUACUCGACACUGCUGCUGGUUUCGGAGGAACCUGGUGGUGGAAUAGGUAUCCUGGUGCAGCCUGUGAUACGGAGGCAUACGUCUACUUGAUUUUGCUCGAAGAAACGGGCUACGUGCCCGUCGAACGAUACACCAAAAGCCCAGAAAUUCGCAGACAUUGCAACCGUAUCGCCGAAAAAUGGAAUUUGAAUGAGAGGGCACUCUGGCAAACGAAAAUGACCGAGUUGACUUGGGAUGAACCAUCGCAAAGGUGGCAUAUAAAGACUAGCAGAGGCGAUCUUUUGAAGGCUCGAUUCGUAAUCAAUUGUGCCGGUUUGUUAACGAAACCAAAGUUGCCUAAUGGUGCUGGAAUUGAAAAGUUCAAGGGCCACACAUUCCAUACGUCUCGAUGGGACUACAAGUAUACGGGCGGUGACGAUUAUGGCAACUUGCACAAUCUGCGCGACAAGAAGGUUGCCAUCAUCGGUACUGGUGCUACUGCCAUCCAAUGUGUACCAUAUCUUGGCCAAGACUGUGGUCAACUGUACGUCAUCCAGCGAACCCCCAGUAGUGUCGAUACCCGUCUCAACGUCCAAACGGAUCCAGAAUGGGCCAAGAAUCUUAAGAAAGGCUGGGCAAAGGAACGUAAAGAUAAUUUUAAUACCGUUACAAGUGGAAUGCCUGCUGAAGUGAACUUAACAAAUGAUGGAUUUACCAGAUACUUUGCAAGACUUUUGGCCAUGUUUACGUCAAACGAUCCACGAAAAGACAAAUACCCUCUACCAGAAUUGAUUCAGUUGGGUGACUUUAAGCAAAUGGAGAGGAUCAGGGCUAGAGUAGACCAAGUUGUUCAUGACCCGAAAGUAGCAGAGUCGCUGAAGCCAUACUAUGACCAGUGGUGCAAGAGGCCAACAUUCUCUGAUGAGUACUUGCAAACCUUCAACAGACCAAACGUAACUUUGGUUGAUACUCAGGGUGCAGGAAUUGACGGCAUUACCGAAAACGGUAUUCUUGUAAAUGGCCAAGAGAUUCAAGUCGAUUGUAUCAUUUGGGCUACUGGAUUUGAGCUUGGCUCUGCAUUCUAUCGAGUAGCAGACGUCGGUGUGCGUCCUAUAGGCCGUAACGGUGCCACUCUCGAUGAGAAAUGGAAGGACGGCAUGUGUACUCUCAUGGCUGUUGGUGUCAGAGGCUUCCCAAAUUAUUUUGUAAUGCAAGCUUCUCAAGCUGGAUUGGGUAUUAACUUCCCUGAAGUCAAUGAUCGUCAAACCACGUGGAUUGUGGAAGUGAUUAAAGAGUGUAAGAAGCGAGGUGUCGCUUCCGUGGAACCAAAAGCAGAAGCUGAAGAAGCUUGGACGGAUCUUGUUGUCAGGACGUCACCGUUGAAUAAGGAUUACUUCCGUUUAUGUACUCCUGGUUACUACAACUUGGAGGGAAAUGCUAGCGAGAUGAAUGUCAAGAAUUCGCCUCUGAACGGAGGAAUCAUAGCAUACACUGAAAUCUUGGAGAAAUGGGUUGCUGAAAAUGGAUUCUCGAAAGAUAUGGAUGUGACAUAUCUAGCAGAUCUUACGGAAAGUCAAAGAGCUCGACUGUAA